AUUUUAAAAACGAACGUGGCAUUACUUGAAAGGAUCUAAACAAUAACCGUAACAUAACCACAGGCAGAAGGGACCAUCUCAGUAAUAUGUCAUCCUUGACAUUCAGUAAAAUUACACACUGUGUAUUUGGACGCAAUGGCUUAAGAUUAUUCAAACAUGGAAGAAGUUACUGUACAAAGCUGAAAGAAAAUAAAAUAAUGAAGGGCUUGAUGAAUAAAAUCAAGGCAACAGGCCCACUUACAGUUGCUGAUUACAUGAGAGAAGUUCUUACCAGUCCAUCAGAGGGAUAUUAUAUGACAGGGGAUGUAUUUGGACAAGAAGGAGACUUUAUAACAUCACCUGAAAUCAGUCAGAUGUUUGGAGAGAUGAUUGGUAUUUGGUUUGUAGAUGAAUGGAUGAAGAACAAGUCGCCAUCUCCUGUACAGCUGGUAGAGUUAGGUCCAGGAAGGGGGACAUUAGCUGAUGAUAUACUCAGAGUCUUUAAAAACUUUCCAGAAAUUAACGAAUCAGUGUCACUUCAUAUGGUGGAAAUCAGCCCAGCUUUGGCACAGAUACAGAUAGAAAAAUUAACCGGAGUAAAAUUGACAAGUGAACAGUCAUCUAGACUAACAGAUAGAUAUAAUUCAAGUGAUUUAGAAACUUCUGAUUCGACUGAGAAGAUAUCUAAACAUUAUUAUCAGUGUAAAACAAAGUAUGGGAUAAAUGCGUAUUGGUAUAAAUUACUUCAUGAUGUACCAUCAGAACAUUCUUUAUACCUGGCUCACGAAUUCUUUGACGCUCUUCCUAUAUGUAAAUUUCAGAAGACUGCAGAUAAAGGUUGGUGUGAAGUUAUGAUAGAUAUAAAUCCUGUUACAGAGGCAACAAACCAGUUUAGAUAUGUAUUGUCUCCUGGAGCUACUCCAAACUCAACGGGAUAUUUAAGGCAUAUCAGACCAGGUGAUAGGAGAGAACAUAUAGAAGUAGCUCCAUACUCAGGUGUGAUCAUUCUACAAAUUGCUGAGAGAAUUAAACAAAAUGGAGGUUGUGCUUUAAUUGCUGACUAUGGUCAUGAUGGGGAUAAAACAGAUACAUUAAGGAGUUUUAAGCAGCAUAAACUACAUGAUGUUUUAUCUGAUCCAGGAAAUGCUGAUUUAACAGCAGAUGUAGAUUUCUCAUUUUUCCGUCACCUUUGCCUAUCAACCAAAGCAAUUUCACCAUUUGGACCUAUAUCACAAAGAGAGUUUCUUCAGAAUAUGGGAAUCCAUCUCAGAUUAAAGAUGCUUUUACAAAAUAAAGACCCGGCCACCAAGAAGACUUUAAUAUCAGGAUUUGAUAUGAUUACUAAUCCAGAAAAGAUGGGAGAUCGAUUUAAAUUCUUUGUCAUGCUACAGAAGAAAGACUAUGAUGAUCCUCCAUCAGGAUUUAACAAUUUGUCUUUUCAAUAUCCUGUCAAAUAAAAAUAUCAUAUAGA